UCAACUCCUGUCACUCUCAGCAAAAAUUAACCAAUAUGGGAAUUGUCCUUAUCUUGUUACCACAAUCCCCUCUGAACCUAGAGCUGAGAUUUAAAAAGGCACAGUUUUGAAUAAUGCUGUCUUGGCACUCCAUAGCAGUCACUGAAAUUGAAACUGUGAUGGACCGCCUGGCACCCCGGCUGGGUGCCUCCGCCAAUCGCAGCUUCCUUAGUGGUUAUGUUGAGGACCAAUGUUGGCCAAGGGGACCAAGAGGAAAUACUCGGAGGUGGAAGGAGAGGUGAGAUGCAGCCCUGACGUCAUGGUGGGCUCAAAUCAAAGCUCCCUGCCAGCAGUGCAGUCCCACUGUUUGAUGAACAUCUCUUUAGUCAAGCUCCACCGCAGUCUUCAUCACGUAGAACCCAACCUGAGACAUCUUGUAUUGGUGGCUAACACCUUACGACGUCUACAAGACAACAUGCACACAGAACCCAUGCCUUGUGAUGACACCAGCAAGAAGGAUCAUGUCCAGGUGUUUGGUACUGAAGGCAAGAAGCCAGCUUCAGAUGGUACAGGAGAAGAUGCCUUGUUUUCCUUAAUGGAUUCCUCUCUAUAUUCUUCCAUUACCACCAUACUAGAGGACUCAAACAAUUUUCAGAAUUUUACUAGCUCACCACUUCCUCAAAUAGAUGAUCAGCUUUGUUCCCUAAAGGACUCCAGGGACGGGAGCCGAGAAGAUUCUGGGAAACUGAUACCUUCAUCUAACUUCCUCAGUUCUUCUACGUACCUGCUCGGGGACAACCUGGAGGACAUCUUUGAAGACAUUGACACUUCCAUGUAUGAUAGCGACCCUUGGUCAAGUACAAACCUCUUAAACUUUAAGGCAUUUUCUAAUGUUGAUAAUUCAGAGGACACCUCUUUAGCAGAUGAACAUGGUGCUAUGCUAGAACUUAGUGAGUUGGAUUAUCUCAUGGAUGUUCUGGUAGGUUCCCAGAACUGCUAAUACCCCCUGCACAGUCUCUCAGGACAUAUGAAGUAUCUUGCAACAAGACACUAUUUGUGUGUGUGUGUAUAAAUGUGCUUCUCAUUAAUUUAUUUUGAGCAGGUGAACUGUUAUCUCGGCGAAGAUAUUUUCUCAACCUGACGAGAGCAAGUCAUGAAGAAAAUUAAUUUGGGAACCUGAAAGCAAAACUUCUUAAUACUAAUAGGCAAAGAUUUUUAUCGUCAAAACUUCCUGGUCUAGGCAUUGUCGUAGCAUCUCGUUUCCAGUAUAAUACUGAAAAUCAGGGCCUCCCAUGGAAGUAGAGAUUGGUUUUAUAUAAAAUCACUUCAAAAAAUAAAAUCUUCCUAAGGAAUAUUUUUCCUCUGAAUAAUAUUGUAUUAAAAAUAAUGGAAGCCAUUGGGGCAGUUUGCCCCACAUACAUUGUACAUAAAGAAAUAUAUAAAAAUGUCUAUAUUUUUUAAAUUAAAAAAAUGUAAGCUUACAAUUUUGAAACCACCUUAAAUGUUCAGUUUUUGUUACCUGAACCUGUAAACUGUCCUGACUCAGGCUAUUUAUUGAAUUUUUUUUUUUUUUUUUUAAAUCUGUUUGAAACUAUUGGGGUGUAUUCACUAAAUGGCAACUACGUUGGAAUAACCAGGGAUUUGCAUGUUUUAUGAGAAAAUAGUCUGAGGGUUUGUUAACCUGGUUUCUACAAACUCUUCAGCGUGCCUUUGUUCCAACUUUAGGCUAGUUUUAACCUAAAAUGUCCAAAUCCCAGGACAGUGCCACGGGUGUAACAGACUGUGGAAAUGCAUGAAAUCGCUUGCUUUAUGUGACACUUCAAAAGUUAACUUCUCCUUUGCCAAAAAAGAAAAUGAACUCUGUGUACCGUGAAUUAUGGUGAAUUCACAAAACAAGGGCCAAUAUAAAUAAAAAUGGCACUUCCCAACGUUUGGCAUACGUUUUGCACAUGGUUACCUCCUCUCCGGAGCUCACUGUUUGAUU